GUGAGCUGGAGCCCAGAGGAGGCAGCCUCUGUGCGGCUGUUGCUGGGAGCUCCGGCCAAUCAAAGCCACGGCGCCUCCAUGCGGGUAGUGUGGUGGCUGGAGGAGCAUGACAUCACGGCCAGCCCCGGCCCCCUCUGCAAAAAGCACGAGUGAAACAUCUUCAUUUCACUACAGCGAGGGCAGCAGCCGACCGCUCAGCCGUCUGGACCGUGAAACCCGUCCGUGCGUGCACCGAACCUCACCGCGCGUGUGGCCGUGGCGCGUGCAGCGGGGCCUGGGAGGGGCAUCCGUGCGUCCGUUCGGGGGGGAAUGGCGGAUGGGAAGGAUGGCGCGUCUGUGGAGCGGGACACCGGCGACGGGGGUUUAGCGGAAUAACGGCCCUCCCUGUGUGCUGUUUUCACUCGUCUCUGCAUAGCUUGGUAGUCGGUCAUCGCCAUGGAUCCAGAGAAAACGCUGACGUUCUGCCACGGGCUGCAGGCUGAGGAGAUGACUAUGUCCCUGCAGGGGUUGGAUGCAACUGAAGAUGCUACGGUGCCUGUGAAGGAGAUUGACAUGAGUACAAUUAAUAAGGUGGUGAAGGCUCAUGGGAGUUCUGGUAGCCAGCCUGUAGUCAGCUCCAAGUACUGUCCUGGAGUCAACAACAGUCCAGGUUACCUGUGUGAAACAGGACACUGCUGCGGAGAGACAGGCUGCUGUACCUACUAUUAUGAACUCUGGUGGUUCUGGCUGCUGUGGACGGUGCUGAUCCUGUUCAGCUGUUUCUGUGCUUACCGCCACCGCCGGGCCAAGCUGAGAAUCCAGCAGCAGCAGAGACAGAGAGAAAUCAAUCUGAUUGCUUAUAACGGAGCCUGCAACUACCCUUCCUCAAUGCUGGACCUCAGUUUUCUGGCUUCCUUCAAGCUGCCCUCCUAUGAAGAGGUGGCUGCGCAGCCCAGCACGCCUCCGCCGCCUUACAGCUCCGUCUUUGCACUGCAGGGAGCUACCACAGGGGGUCCCAGCUCCUCUUACCUCCAUCACCACCACCACCGUCACCCCUGUCCUCCCUACCUGGGCCCCGGCCCGAGCGGCCUGACCUCCUCCCAGAGCUCUGACAACUACACCAGCUGCUCCUGCGAGUCCUGCUCCCUCACCUCCCCCUCCAGCACCUCCUUCUCCGUGCAGGUAACCGACGAGACGUACGACAGCAGCCGCAUGUCCACGCCCAGCGAAGCGGGAGGCGGCUUUGCCAUCAUGUCAAGAGUUGGGCCCAGCUUCACGCCGACGCCCUCCCCGCCUCCUCCGUCACAAGUUCCACCUGACAUCAUACCCGCGGCCACUCCGGAUGUCAUACCUGUGCAGAGAUGCUCCUCUAAUGGCAGUGAAGGAGUCUCGCCUCCUGCUCCCCCGCUCUCUCUCCCUUUACACUCUCGUCCUUCACACUCUUCACGCCUUCCUCUUUCUCCCCUCGUCCUGCUGUCUUUCAUUCCUCCCGGUCAAGUGCAUCCUCCUGUUUCCUCAGACCCACUCGGAGCCUUGGUCGCCCCGAAAGCUCAAGAGGAGAUCUCACCUCACGAUCCAGCCGCCAGGCCGGCGCCUUCUCCCCCUAAACAUGCUCUGUUCUCCCCAAACGUGGCUGUUUUUGUGCGUUGCAACAGCAAAGAGGAGCAAAAGAAAGAAGAGGAGGAAGAGGAGGAAGAAGACGAGGAGGAAGAGGAUCAUUUCCGGCACAGACGUCUGACAGGCGACUCGGGCAUCGAGGUGUGUCGCUGCCAUGUGAAGAGAGAAGGACGAGAGGAAGAGGAACUGCAGAAAGGCCACUUUAAUAAAGGAGGGAAAGAGAUUUUAAAGGAUGGGAAGAGGGCAGACAUGUUGCAUGACAGCGUGGACUGUUCCCACCGAACCAAGGCCGCCGUGCAGUCGCCUGUCACCGAAAACUGUGCGGAGCAGCGUGACCACGUCUCUUCAUCCUCCAGCAUCAUCCACAAGACGGGCGAGGCCAUCAUCACUGUGAAGUCCUCGUAAGGUGACAGGAAGAGGUGUUGUGGAACGAGGGAGAAGAGAGAUAUUUAUGCUCGACGACUAACUUCUAGAUCAAGACUAGUAGGUGAAAAGUAGAAUCACUGAAGAAAGGUCUUGCAGAGGGACAGGAUGAGUAAAGAAGCGUUUUGGUUUCUCUGUAUUUUAUUUUAAAUGAGAAACCCAAAGCCAACUCCUAAAAGUUUUCUUUUAUUAUUCAUGCUUAUUUAGUAUGUGGUUUGGGAGAAGGCAUAUUUUUUUCUACAAAAUAUGGUUGGCUUAACUGCUUUUUCUUGCUGAGGUCACUAUAACAAAAGUAGAAAUGCCUGACAUGCACUGCACACCAACCAAACCCACUUUUUCUCCACUUAGUAUUCUUUCUCUCUUCUCUGUGUGACGCGACAUCGUUCUCAAAGUAGCAUUUUAGCGCUCAGAAGUAUAAUCCCUCGUAUCAGUGGUUCCCAACCUGCAGGUAGGAACACCUUUAGGGAGUGACGGGAAGAAAAACAUGAUUCAGCUUUGGAAAAUUAAAGGACAAAGUAAUCAGAUUUUCCUCUAAACUGUGCUUUGUUAAGGAAAAUAUAGUUUUAUCUUCUUUAGGCAUUUAGAAAUGGAACAGUCUAUGAGGCAGAUAUCAAUCUUAGGUGGAAAUUUCACAAUUUAUUGACGUAUUUAUUGCAGCUAAAAGGUUGGGAAUCACUGUCUUACUUUACUCCUGUCAUCCUAGGCUGUUAAUAGCAUCUAAAUAACAUGGACAAGACUGUUUUUCAAUAACUAAAGGCUCCUAUUUUCCAAACUAAGCAGCUCCAAAACAAGGGUGUUUUGAUCCUCAUUUAAAUGUAGUUUCUAUCUUUUGAACACUGAAAUAUUGAAAAGUAAUGUUCUCUUUUUGCUUUCACCAGCCUCCUUCCCACUGUUUAUCAGAGGAAAUAAUGAGUAACUAUUUGACUGAUUCAGUGUGUCUCUGUUAAAUGCAUUGUGUCUUAUUUUGCUUCCUUAGUGAAAAAGGGGGUGCAAACGUUGAUUUAAACGUGUUGGUGGCAAAGCUUUACAAUGGUAUUACGGUAAUACGUCGUUUCAUACUGUUCUAUGAAUAUACUGUACAAUUACCUAGACCGUUUGACUUUUAACGUGUUUGGACUUGUUCCUCGUUGCCAUUUUUUUUUUUGCAAGGCAACGUGAAUCUGACUCCUCCGUGGACGGACUGUUGAGUUUUUACAAGGCAGACACUUUAAGCUUAAUCUCGUCAUUGAUUAUGAAUGUACAAAGGUUAUGCAUCGCAACAAAAAAUACACGUAAAACUGUUUACAGAGAAUUUUUAUAGCAUGAUGCUUGACUGAACUGAAGAAACCUCUGGGAAAGUGUCCAAAAACUGCAGCAAGGCAAUACAGUGUGCCAGGUGUGGGCUUUGAGGAGACACUUUAGAUAAGAAGUGCCCGUUGUAAUGUCUGUCUGCGUUGAGUAAUGCUUGUUAAAUAUCGAAGGCGUCAAAGGAUGACGUGAAGGUUGCACAGAACGGAGUCUCGUUAGAAUAUUGCUAAAUGUGUCGUCACUUGGGCUGAUUUUCUCUAAAUGCAUCUGGGUUGGGAUUUAGUUGUGGAUUUAUUUACUUUAGAUUUUUAGUGGAGGGUAAACCUCUUAGGAAGCAUCUUCUCAUUGUCAAGUUGCAAAAUAACUAAAAAUUUGAGAACUGUUAUCUUCCAGUCGCUGUUCGUAUCGGUAGCUUCAAAAAUAUUCAGGAGGAAAACAGCCACAACAAGUGACUAUUGUGAGGCGAAGUCACAUUUUAUUUUGUACUGUACAGCGUCUGUCUCUAAAGGAUGUUCUCUGCCUCUGGGGCCUGGGUGGUUUGACGCUUUGUGCAUCCAAGGAUUGAGUGGAGUUAGCUGGUCCUGGUGACAUGUAGUAGGGGUAGCACACGUGUACUCUCUUGUAAUUAACUGUCAGUACAAAAUGUACUCGAGACUAGAACAAGUUUAGAAAGAGAUCAUCUCUGAUUGCAUUUUUACGUGUUUGUCUUGCUGUAGUUGUGAUGAGACAAACGUCUCUGUAGUUCACUGACUAGAGGCCGCUUUGCUGCGUCCUCACUGCAAAGCUGACUUAAUUGUCUAAUGCCUGAAGGCAAAGCUUUCAACUAAUUUAUAGCUCUGUGGGCAGAAAACUUUCCCACAGUUCGCUCUCUUUGUCAAGGACAAAUAUGUGUUAAUUUGUUCCUUCAUGUGUGAGUGUUGGGAUUGCGAGAAGGUUUGUGUUGCAGUUCGGUUUAGUUCUGAAGGUCAUUUUGCUGUCUGAUCAUCUCUGUUCAAAGCUCUUGUGCAGUGACUCACCGGUCUGUCUCGGAGCGACCUGGUGCCCCGACAGACACAUAUCAGCAUAAAAGCCUUUUGGCAGCUGUACAUUUUUUACGCUGAAGGAUGGACAGUCAUUGUUUUCAUUUUCGUUAGUUCUAGCUACCGUAUGACGGUGAUCUAAGUAUAUGGUGCCUAGAAGAAAGCAAAUUUUCUGUUAGGCUAGUUUACUACUAAUAUGUGAGUGUGCGUGUGUUUUCUUUAAAUUGUGAAUAGUUGUAAAUCAGAUGUUUUCUAACAGUACUUAGCAGUCUCUUUAUGAAAUAUAGACAGUACAUGUGAGACUUGCAAAAAUAGUAUUUAGCAAUAGUAUUCACACUUUUUUCCUUAUUCUAGUUGAUGCUGGUUGAUAGGAAAUAAACUGUUGUGAAAAAAGACAUUUACCUCUUUAUUACUGAUCCAUGAGCUGUGCUGGGCAGAGGCCCUUGAUUGUAUAAACACAGCAUCUGAAAUGCCUUCGGCUUAAGGUUUCUCCCAAGUGCAAACUCAGAUUAUCUGGUUUCACGUUAGCCCCAGUUUGUGUCUUGUGCUUUCCGUUGACAGAAAUAAACAUCGUGUUGAAGACAUUCACGGAUUUGUCAGACACUCUUCUCUACCCUCCAUCUGGAUGAAAACAUACAUCAACUGGAUGGUAUAAAAGAUUUGUAGACCAUUUCCCAAGUUGCAAAUGAAUUCCACAUAAAGAUAACUCAUGCUUGAACCAAUAGCCAAAAAUGUACACUACCAUUCAAAAAUUUGGGGUCAUUUAGAAAUGUCCUUAUUUAUUCAAGAAAGCAUUUUUUUUUUAGUGAAGAUAACAUUAAAUUAAGCAGAAAUACAGUCUACACAUUGUUAAUGUGGCAAAUGAUUCUAGUUGGAAAUCUUUAAUGGAAUAUCGCCAUAGAGGUACAGAGGAACAUUUCCAGCAACCAUCACUCCUGUGUUCUAAUGCUACUUUGUGUUAGCUAAUGGUAUUGAUAGGAUAAUUGAUUAUUAGAAAAUUCUUGUGUUAUUAUCUUAGCACAUGAAUAAAAGUGUGAGUUUUCAUGGAAAACAUGAAAUUGCCUGAGUGACCCCAAACUUUUGAAUGGCAGUGUUCGCAUUAUGAUAUUUUUCUAUGUAUUAUUUUCUCCUGCACUAAGUAAGGCAUAUAUUUGACCGUGGUACAGUGCAACAUCUUAUCUUGAAGAGUCUUAAGGGACUUUGUUAUACAUUUUUUUAUUACUCCACCAAGGAAUGCGCCGGGGUUAUUUGACGAUCGGCAUUGGUCUGUCCGUCUGUCUGUUAGCAACAUAACUCAAAAACGGAUUUGGAUGGAAUUUUCAGGAAAGAUCUGAAAUGUCACAAGGACCAAGUGAUUAGAUUUUGGAAGUGAUGCAGCUUAUAGUCUGGAUCCAAGGAUUUGUUAAAAAUGUCUGUGUCAUUGUGAGAUAGCAGCCCAGCGUCACUGUAACUAUGACAACAAGUGAACACUACAUCAGCUGCCUGCUGACGAUCACAUGAUUGUAAUCCUACUACAAAUCCACAGUUGCAGACUUAUCAGGACUAUCUGUCUGAAAUGAUACAACUGAGCUCAGUACAUAAAAUGUGAAAUAUUCUGACAUACAAUAGAUCAAAAAAGAUUGCUUGUUUUAUUUUGGUGUGUUUCGGUUUGCCUUAUAACUAAAAGUCAAAAUUAGCUGCUCCACUUUUAACAGUGCAGGUACAUGUAUAAUAUACAGAACUUGUUUUGAGAGCAUUUCUUCUCUUCCGUAUGUAAAGAAAGAAAUGAGAAAACCUUGUUCAUGUUGGUUUUCUUCCUUAUUUUUCUAUUUUUGUCCUGUUUGCUGUUGUGUUUAUAAACGUAUGAGUAGAAUUCUGAAUCUGGCCUUUAUGAAUUCUUUAUGAACUCCUUUAAGCUCAUGCGGAUGGAGCCUUCUAACUAAAACUUCAGUUGUUCAGAUAUUUUUCUUAUACAGUAUCAAGUAUUGUUAAUAAGUCAUGUUGAGAGAAGCUUUGAGUUUUCUAAAAGCUCUGUCGUGAAGUUGUUGGUUAUAAAUUUAUCUUAAAGCGACAUUUAGCUCUCAGAUUUUUCAAUAAUAAACCUGUAGAGGCCUGUUCUUUGAGCUACUUUUCGUCCUCUUGGUUUAAUAUUCUUCUUUUUCCGAUUCUCGACUCACACUUUAAACAGUUUAAACUCAAAACUGCAGCAGCUGAUUUAUUUAGCGCUAAUUAGACAUUAAUUGAUUUGAUAGCAGUCAGAGUAUAAUUUCGCAAUCAGCACACACCUAUAAACACAAAUGAUUCUGAUGAAACCACAGGCACAAACUGGGGCUACUUUUCUCCCGACUCUGCUUUCCAAUUGAAGCCAAUCUUGUCUGAGUUCAGUGUACAAAGAGCAUGUUUGAUUUGUUUUGCCUUGUCAGCAGCUAGUAUGUGCACACAAAAUGCCCAAACUCUGCCCUCAUUGCCACUGUAGGCCAAGGCCUGAUAUAAGACUGUUACCUCGCUCGAGUUUUGACUGCAAAGGACUGUUUUACUUCUUCUUCUGAAGAUAGUAUUUACUCUAUAUUUGUACUGAUUUUAUUUUGUAAUGCCGAGAAAUGAAGAAUUAACAAAAGCCCAUGUUGGUACAGCUGAACUACUUUGCCAGGAAAAAAAAACAAAAAUCAUCAAGCCCUGUUGAUUCAGGACUACUCAAGACUGUUUGUCUCCCACUCAAACAAAGCGUUCUCCUUUUUCCUCCUGCGGCUCUGAGACGGCAGGUUGUAUAGCAGUAUCUUUAUGUGACUGUGUGUGGAGUAGUUCAGAUUAAUAUUACUGCAAAAUGUGGUGUACUUUGAGGGUAUCUUUGUGCAAUUCUACCUGCAGCUCUUCAGUGUGUUGUGCGCAUGUGUGAGGGAGUUACUGUCGGCCGUGUUGUUGUGUUGUUGAAAUCAUUGUCGCUUAUUAUGAAGCCAAAGUUGAGUGUUGAUGGUAUUUGUUGACAUAUUUCUCAAUAUGAACACAGACAUUUUUAUGUCGUCAUGAAUAUCGAGUUUGAUUUUGUAUCUUGUAGAGAUUUCUGAUGCAUACUCAGAUGUAAAAUCCAAACAUUGAGAUGUUUUCAUAUUUUUAAAGUCCCUCUCUGGUCGUCACUUAAGCCCCUAAAAACUUGUCUCCGUGUAGCAAAGUUAUAAAUAUUACCAUGAAAACAAUGUUUUUUUCUGUAUUAAAGCAGCUCACAUUUACCUCUCCUCUAGAAUGUACAAAUCCAUAAAGUCUCCAACACUCUCCAUAAACAACUCUCUCUCGAGCACACCAGCUCGCCUACUCUACCAUUAAAAAGUUUGGGGUCACUUUGAAAUGUCCUUAUUCUUGAAUGAAAGGCAGUUUUAUCAAUAAUGAUAACAUUUAAUGAAUCAAAAAUACAGUCUAGACAUUGUUAAUGUGGUAAAGGUCUAUUCUAGCUGGAAAUCUUUAAUGGAAUAUCUCCAUAGGGGUACAGAGGAACAUUUCAGCAACCAUCACUCCUGUGUUCUAAUGCUACAUUGUGUUAGCUAAUGGUGUUGAAAGGCUCAUUGAUGGUGAGAAAACCCUUGUGAAAUUAUGUUAGCACAUGAAUGAAAGUGUGAGUUUUCAUGUAAAACAUGAAAUUGUCCGAGUGACCCCAAACUUUUGAACGGUAGUGUAAGACUGUGGUCCAACUACUCGACUUUACACGGUGACAAGUUGUAAUAGGGAUGGAGUAAUCCAGCCACACAUUUUGAGAUGGAAAGUGAUUCCAAAACUCCAUUUUAACCAGAGAGGGUCUUUAAAUGUGUGUCCAGUUGCAUAUAUCUCGGUGCUUUCUGCAGAAGGUGCAGUUGUAUUUAGGUUUAUUCCGUUUGAGGUUUUUUUCCCCCCAUUUGUUGUCACUGGGAUUCUGCCAUGUUGGACACAUAUCUUCGCUACUUUAUUCAACAAAAAACUUUGGAUUUUGUGUCAAAAUAAAUGUGCUACCAAACACA